UUCCCCCUGGACAUAAGGACGCGAAGUCCCUUUGUGAUGUUCUGUGCCGGAAAGGUAUAUGAUCUCCCAGGUCCGGCUUGCAUACCGUUGGUCACCUCGAUACCGGCGAUAGGCGAAUUGCAGUGGCUCAUCACCUCUUGUAGCAAGCCAAAUCUCAACCAGACACCGCAAUGCCGAUCACCUCCAGACAGCUCCUGUCCUUCUGCAAGGAAGUCAAGGAGAAGAGAGCCGAGGCUAAUGCGCCUCCUCCUCCGGAAAUGCCCGGGGCCCUCAAAUUUGGGCCCCUAGAACAAGCUCUCAUGGUGUUGAUCAUCAUCGGGAUGGUCAGCGAUCCAGCGGCAACGGGGGUUCCUUCGCUUCUCACACCGGGAGUCACCAUGCUCCUAAUCAUCGCCUACGGAGGGUACCGCUUACUGGAGUGGCAAAAAGAGGCGGAAAAGCGUGCGCGCGAACAACCCGAGAAACCGACAGAAAGCAAGUCUGCCUCGUCUUUGGCUCGAGAGAAGGAAAAGGCAGCCAAAGAGAGGGAGACGCCGAAAGCGAACGGGACGCAAAUCACCACCAAGGCGGACCUGCUUAAGGAGCAAGAUCGUUUGAAGGACAAGUCGAGCAAGACCUCAAAAGAUGUGAGGGCUGCUACGAAGAAGACACAGUAUUUCUUGACGAUGAAUGGACCCGGACGACCUGCACUGGUACCGUUUCCGCGGGGUUUCAAAGCAGCCGACGAUUCGCCGGACGGAACAUUGUGGUGGAACAACGUGGACAACCUGGACAUCAAGGACAUGAUGGUACCCCAAGGCCCACCUGCCAAGUCGUCUCGGGAAGAGCGAAAAGAAAAGGAAGCAUCCAAGCACGUCCAGCCGCCGGGAACCUUGUCUGCCGAAGAAAUUAGAGCGCGUGCUCCUAUGGAACAGGAAAUGGAACGCUACGAAAAGGUCAUGGUAAUCAUGCAAUGUAUCCUGGCUCUACUUCUCUGCUUUAUCGAUCAACGCCUCGGACUAGGUCUCUUAGCCUUGUUCCUCUUUUUCCAUUUCCGGAGCGAAAAGGAGAAGGAGAAGUUCAGGCAACGUAAUAUUGCCGCCCUGCCACCUGGUACUAAAAACCCUUACGACGAGGGUCCGGGUUCGUACGAAGGGGGCGCCAGUUUCGAGUAAGCGUAACCGGCGAUGCAUCAAAGUCGAGGUUGAAGCGGUUCGCAGUGGAGUGGUCGUUGGCAAAGCAUUCCUUGCAUGGAUAUUUAGCAGAUCUACAACGCUCGAUCGAAACCUAUCUCUAUAUGUGUGUA